CUCUUGAACAGCUCUGCCUCUCCCUCUCGGUAGAGAAUACAGCUAUAAUACCUCCCGGCAUGACGACCUCUCAAUCCAAAAGUGACCCCUUCCCGCACGGCAAGCCAAACCAUGACCUGCUGCAAAAUCUCUCGUUCAUGUACCAGGCCAACGUCUACCUGAACGGGCUCGGCUUACGGCCGGCUCAAAGCCAGACAACUGAAGCUGGACCUAGUCGUCUUGGAAGCGAGGGAAAGCAUCAGGGCUCGCACCUAGGCAAUUCGAAGUCGGUAAACCGGGAGCAGGUAUCUUUGUGUGCGAUCUCCCGUCGAGCCAACCGGGGUUACGAGUAUGCGGCUGAGCACUCCAUGCUCAAGACUGAUCCGAGCAUCAAGAGAACGUUUUGCUCGAAAUGCUAUACCGUCCUUGUUCCUGGCUUGACAAGCAAGACCCGGGUGAAAGUCUCAAAGAAACAGCCUCACCGGAUGUCCACGACGUGUCUCCACUGUACCUCUCAAUCCUCCCUCCUGGCUCCUCCUCACAACCCUCCCCCCGAUCUUGAACCGGCGACUACCGAACAGCCUAUCUCUAGUAAAACGCACACAACGAAGCCCUUAGAUGGACCUACCCGUCGACAACGCCGCGGAAGACUCGUCCGGCCCGUACCAUUCUGGCAACGUCCCGAUCACCUCGUCGUACCGACCAACGAGCUGCAUCGAUAUGUUCCCCCUGCGGGUGCCGGAGGGAAGGAGAACAAUAAAAGACAACCCAAGCAGGAAAAGGGUCAGGGAAAGAACAAGGGUCUGGCCAAGGCCGAGGCACAGGUUGGAAAAGCUGAGCGCAAGCAGAAGGGCAAGAAGGAUUUCGUGCUAGAAACGACUAAUACGAUUUCAAAGGCGGUCCCCCCUCAUACUCAACCUGUUGCGAUCUCCGCCGAGAUGGACGAAGAGGAGAUGAUGAACAUGCUGUAA